UCCAUCCAUCUGUUGAGCUGCUCAACCAGCACACUAUUACCAACUAUGGCUUUCGCUGCAACGAGGAGGCUCUUGGUGUUAUUUGUGUUUUUUUGCGCCAUUGGACCAGGGUUAGCAGCGGAGCGACCGGCGGCGCGGACGCAGAGUAGCAGGGCGGAGCCGGCGGAGCAUUCCGCCCCCAGGCGGAGCUGGGAGCCCACCGCCCAGCUGGACGGGAGCCCUGUGGACCGCUACAGCGUCAGCGCCACCAAGCCAAUCAGAGCGCAGCACCGCCUGGCCAAAGCGGGCAGGGACAAGGAUGCCCGCGUUCCGCUACCGGAGGAUGUAGGCCGUGCCGCCGGGCCCCUGCACCCCGCGGCUCCAGCCCGGGUGGAGGCCCCUGUGGAGGUGCCCGUCCCAGUGGAGCCGGCCUCACCUGUCUCCAGGGCGCACAGGAGGCCCCCCCAGUCGUCCUCGGGCCCCCGUCAACCCUACAGCAGGGCCCUGGGACGGCUCCCCCUGGUGGACAGGAGACAACAACACAGCACUAAGCCUCAGUCGGACCAACGGAACCGCAACGGCCACAAGCUAGCCUCUGAGUCCGUUCAUGUGGUGUCACUGCAGGCCCAGAGGACACCGGGUCGCCGGAGCAACCCCGUCAGCCGGCCCGUGCUCGCCAAAGCCAGCGUGCCAGAGCCAGAGGAGGAGGCCAAGGACAUCACAGUGAGGGUGAUGUCCCCUCAGUCUGUGCUGAUCUCCUGGGUGGACUCUCUGGUCGAGCUGCAGAAGAUUAAUGCCAACGAACUCAGGUACUACACAGUGAAGUACAGGGAGAAGGGGGAGUCGGCGCGCUGGGAGUUCAAGGAGAGCACCCAGAGGAGGCUGCUGAUAGACGGGCUCUCCGCCGACGGCAUGUACGAGUUCUCCGUGCGGAUCACCCAGGGGGAGAACCACGGCAAAUGGAGCGUCUCCGUGUUCCAGCGGACCCCCGAGUCAGCACCGUCCGGGCCACCCGAAAACUUUGAGGUGAAGCCGCUGAGGGGGAAGGGGACGGCUGUCACGGCAACCUGGGACCCCCCUGAGGAGCCCAACGGGAGGAUCAGAGAGUACAUCCUGUCGUACGCUCCGGCCAUGAAGCCCUUCGGGAUGAAGAGCGUGACGUACGGCAGCAGCACCUUCUCGGCCACCGUGGAGGGCCUCACCCCCGGGGACCGCUACAUCUUCAAGGUCAAGGCCACCAACAGGAGGGGGCAGGGGCCCCUGAGCAAGGCCUUCAGCGUCGUCAUGCCCGGAACUCUGUCAUCGUCCAAAAGCCAGGACAGCCACAGAGCAAGCCCCGCCUCCUCUCAGACCGACAGGAGCCAUGCUGAGAGCGACGUCCAAUCAGCAGAAGUGACGGAGACCCCUCAAACGACCCGGGCCCAGUCCACCCACCGGCGGGUCCGCCCCCUCUCCCAGUCCCGCUCCUACCACAGCAUCUUCUCCUCCGUCAGGGGGUCCGCCCGCAAUGGAGCCUCCAGCAGAGGGAGGGCCAGAGAGAAGCCUGAGGAGAAAGUGGAGGAGGAGGAGGAGGAGGAGGCGAAGACGUUCCCCACCAAACCACCCCCAGAAGAAGAGCCAGUGACCGUGGAGGCUGUGGAAGAGGAAGAGGCCGACAACGACGUUGUUUACUCAGAGCCCCAAGUGACUAGCACACUCGUGGUCACGCCCACUCCAAUGACCUCCACCCUUAGGGCUGUGACUUUGGCUCCGACCACAGCCGCCACGACCCCCCGGAAAGCGCCACCAAGAAGACCGGUUAAGAUCAGGGUUCAUCAGAAACCGGGAUCUCCCUCUUUAUCGUCCUCCUCGUCAUCUACAGCCUUGUCUUCUUCGUCAUCUGGGGCUUCCUCCACCCUACUGAUUCCAAAACAUUCCCAGGAGCUAUCAGUCAUCCAAAAGGACGGUUACAAAGAUUCUCUAAAGCCCGAGAGCAAAGUCCCAUACGCUCAGCCAAGUUUAAGCCAGAGGGAACCCUCCACCCCUGUUUCAACGCAAACCACGGCACAGCCCAAAACAGUAGCACCGCCUUCGGGUAGAGAUCCUGCCGUGGCCAGGCGUAUCAGUGGGUCUGUGCUGAACUCGCGAUAUGGUUUUGGCCAAAGGAAUUCAGGAAUUGCGGCAAGGGGGAAUUUCACCCGAUAUCCAAAUGGAUAUAAAUACAGGCCUGCUUCCACUGCCAAUGCUCAGUCGAAAUUGCCAGGCAGGACUCAAAGUCAAGCAUCGUCAAACACAGAUAGUUCAAAGUCACAAUCACCUUUGCCAACUGGAUCUCAGACCCGCGAGACAUCUGGCACCUUAAACUCAGCGGUCUCCCGGUCCAACUCCAGGACGGGUUCCCAGAGCAAGUCGACAUCAAACACCGAGGGCUUGGACGUGUCACACAAUCCCUCCUCCGCCGGCGCACACAACCCAUCCCUCAUUCCUCUCAGCGGGUCUCGGACGCCCGCCGCCGCAGAAACACAAGACUCUCGGCCCGCUGCCCGCAGAGUGACCCAUAACACCGCAACGUCCCACAACACACAGCCCUCACACACCCCCGAAAAGCAGGACACGACGUACGGGGAGGAGUCCGACAACGCCGAGCACGAGAACACGGGGAGUAGGACGGGACAAGCUGAAGGGCAGACGUCCGGCGUUCGGUUAACGGCGUUGAAUGCAAACGUGCCAUCCGCCGAGAACGACGGGAAGGAGAGCGAGGAAGGGCCGGGUGGAGAGGAGGAGAAAGACGUUGUGUCUCCUGCCAGAGUGCAGCCCUCACACGCCGAGCGAUCGCCGUCUCUGGCGAGCCGCUUCCCGGGAAGGUUUGGCCCCGGGGCCAGAGGGUCGUCCCACAGGCAGCAGGGCAGGACGCCGUGGGGCAGGACCUCAUCCUCGGUCGGGGCGGGGCGGCCCGUCCUGCAGGGCUCGGCCAGAAGGGCCUCAGGGGCCACUGGAGCCGCAGGGGUGUCCACGAUACAGGAGACGAGUGAUAAUGUGGAGGCCGCCUCAGAGCACAACCUGCUGAAGAAAGGGCUGAGAGACAGUUUGCACAAACCCUCUACGACAGUUAGAAAGAAUGAGUUUAGCGAGUCUAGACAACCAUCUACCUCUACUGCUGCACCCUCCUCUUCAAACUCCGAUUCCCAUCGUACCUCAGGUGUCCACAGAGCCUCGAGCGAGGCCGUCCAUGGAGGAGGCUCUCAUAACCAUAAUUAUAAUAGUAACAAUGACAACGAUCAUGAAAAGGACUAUCUCUACGAGGGGAGUAAGGUGAUCGUUGACCAAAAUGAAAAAGUACCGGACCCCACAGCAGCCCCCAAAACCACCACGUCAAAUCCUGUGAAUCACCACCAAACCCCGGGCAACAGAGGCGGGGUGGAGGGGGACAAACGAGAGCCCUCCAGUGGAGGCAGGACCAGCUCUUCCUACCAGCGGCCCGCCGUCUCUGCUAACGGCAGGGCCCGCUCUCCCUCGUCGGCCAUCCGGGUGCCUGGCGGCUACAGGCUGCCCUUCAGAGUCCAACCGGCUCAAAGCACUCGAGCAAGAUCGCCAACCACGUCGGAUUCUUCCUCUUUGUCAGAAUCUAGCUCUCAUUCGUCCUCAUCCAAGAUGCCCCGGCCGGUGUUGACCUCUGUCCGCGGGGAGGGCCGUGGCUCCAGCGUCACGAGGACAGGGGGGUUACCUGGAGGGGGUCUGCCAUCAUCAGCCGCAGCAUCCUAUACACCACCAUCGUCAUCUUCGUCAGCGUCAUCCAGAGACAGUUUAAGGAUGAGAACACGUUACCCUAACUUCAGAGGGAAGGCCCCUAAGGGUGAAGCACUGAGACCUAACUAUGGAAAUGACAAAAAUGGCCGCCCAAAUCUCAGCACGUCCCAGGAUAAAGAGUCCUCCACAUCGGAGCUAGACAGCAGGGCUCGCCGCAGGUUAAUUACUGGCCCUGAUGGAAAGAAAUGGGUUGUGGACCUAGACAAAGGUCUCCUGAUGAACGAGGAGGGGAAGGCCCUGCAGGACUCUCAGGGACGGCCCAGGAGAGUGGUCCUUGGGGACGAUGGACGCACCAUCUUUGACCUGGAGGGCAGUCCCCUGGUGAACCAGGAGGGCCUGGCUCUGUUCGGCCAGGGGCGGGACGGUCAGCCCGUGGUCAACCCCAAGGACAAGGUUCUGACGGUGGGCGGGAAGCCUGUGCUCGGCCUGGACCGACCCCACCAUCGGACCACCACCAGAGCCCCCACCACCACCACCACCAGAGCCCCCACCACCACCACCACCACCAGAGCCCCCACCACCACCACCACCACCACCCCCGCCACCACCACCACCACAACCACCGUCAGGGUUCCGACAACCCCAGAGUGGUUCUUAGAGGAUGGCACCACCAUGCAGCCCUACCCCACCUGCCCGCCUGGUACCUUUUCUAAGACCGACGAGUACGGUUACCCGGCCCUCGAUCCAGAGGGGAUCCUGGACUGCUAUCCAGAGGAGGAGUCGUCCGGGAUGGAGUCCGACAACAAGCUUACAGACGCUUUAACUCUUGAGCAAGAUGAGUUCCUGAUCCCGACUACACUGCGGCCCCGCCCCGCCAUCACCACCACCAGCCCCCCGCAAGAACACCCAGCCCUGCCAGGGCACGUCAACAGGAAGCCCUCCUCUGCGCUGGAUCUCACAGGGAAGAAACGGUUCACAGCCCCCUACAUGAAUUACAUCCAGAAGGACCCCGGGGCCCCCUGCUCCCUGACCGAGGCCCUGGAAUACCUGCAGGUGGACAUCCUGGGCCAGUUAAUGGACAAGGACGCAGCCAAUCACAGACAGCCCCCCAAGAACAAGCCACACAACAUCACGGUGGUCGCCAUGGAGGGCUGCCACUCGUUCGUCAUCCUGGACUGGGCCCGCCCCUUGAAGGACGACAUGGUGUCAGGGUACAUGGUCCACAGCGCUUCUUAUGACGACGUCCUCAACAACCGAUGGGCCGCUCUGGACUCACAAGGGACACACUUGGCAGUGGAGAACCUCAAACCAAACUCCAGGUACUACUUCAAAGUUCAGGCCAAGAACGUGUUUGGUUUGGGGCCUGUGAGCGAAACGCUCACGUACGUGACCGAAUCAGACGAUCCCCUGCUCAUUGAAAGACCACCUGGUGGGGAGCCCAUUUGGAUUCCCUUCUCCUUCAAGUAUAACCACGCCCACAGCGGCUGCAAGGGCAGCCAGUACGUCAAGCGCACCUGGUACAGGAAGUUUGUGGGAGUGAUCCUCUGCAACUCCCUGCGAUACAAGAUCUUCAUGGGGGAGGGGCUGAGGGAGCCGUUCUACAGUAUAGCAGACACGUCCGGCCAGGGGGAGGACCACUGCCAGUUCGUGGACUCGUACUUCGAUGGAAGGACGGGCCCCGUCUACCAGUCCAACGCACUGCCAGCAGCUCAAGGAUUCUACCGUUCCCACCGACAGGAGCCCGUCCGGUUCGGGACCAUCGGACGACGCACCCCCCACCCCUUUGUGGGCUGGUAUGAGUGCGGGGUCCCCAUUCCCGGGAAGUGGUGAUCACAGGAGGGGGGGCGGGAUCACAGGAAGGAGGUUGGGAUCCCAGGAAGUGGGUGAGGAUCACAGGAAGUGGGUGGGGAUCCCAGGAAGCAGUUGGGGAUCACAGGAAGGAGGCGGUGAUCACAGGAAGUAGGUGGUGAUCACAGGAAGUAGGCGGUGAGCACAGGAAGGAGAUGUUUCCAGCGAUGAACGUCAAUAACCGAGGGCUCCUCAGCGCCCCUACCUCCUGCUGGAUUUCAACCCUCAACCUUGUGUGCCAAUGUCAACAAAAACAUUGACUUUUUUUGCUAAAGGACAUUAUGGCAAGUCUAAUAACAAGCUUGAGAGGAAGAAGAAUAUAGUAACUAACUCUAAUGUGUGUCAUGUACAAUGCACUUGUUAUAUUAAGCAGUCUGUAUAUGAGGGGAAAAGAAGCAUGUUGCUCUUGCUCAGUUUAACUCUUUUUGUGUUCCGGAUCGGAAAGCGUCUUUAUUGUACUACCCAACAAUUCAACAGACAGGUCCCUCAAACCGGAGAUCUGAUCUCUUCAGAAAGAAAGAAGGCACACCAUGCACACCAGCAUUCAAACGGGCCGCUUUGGACCAACGAAACACAAACAAAACUGAGAAGAAGGAUGAAUACACCAUGCCCGUUGGCAUUUGAGGCGUGUAUAAGUGUUGACAAAAUGAGUUGAUUUUUAAUCUCACAGUGUAAUGGAAUGGAAAACAAAACCGGUAUUGUGUUUUUUGGAAGAUCCUUUUAGUUGCUUAUUUUGAACCAGAUGCCCGCACACAAAAAGUGUAUGUAUUCAGGAAAACAAUUUAUAAAUAAAAAUGUUUUUUUUUGCUCAGGAACUGUGGGAGGCUAAAUAAAGGAUGCUAUGGAAACCGCCGGAAUCCUGA